AUGGAUGUACUCUGGGAGGCGUUGAAGAUCAAAACCAGUGAAGAUCAAAUCCGAACGGGAUACCGGUUUUGCUCACCAAAAGAUAACGGUACCGUUCUAAUUUCGGCCUCUAAUCGUGUGCCUGUGAUCACGUUCAACAGAUAUGAUCAGCAUGAGAUUAUCUUGGAGUAUAAGAUUGCUUCAUAA